UUUCCUCCUCACAAACCUCACCUCAGUGUGUUCUCUACGUACCUCCCAAGCACAUACAAACACUUUCCACGCAGCAAACAGGUACCAAGACAGAAGGAUGAAGCUCAGAGUAAAAGGCUUCGGCCUCCUGCUUCUCCUUGUCCUGCUUGCUCUUUGCUCCACCAUUGAUGUCUGUGAUGCAAGGAGAGGCCAGCAUUGGAGGCCAAGGAGCUCACCAGGCUCCUCUCUUUUCAAGAGAAAAGGCAAACCAAAGAAGGGUAGCUCACACCGGCAGCACGGAGUCAACCGGCCGAGCCCGAAGCAGCCUGUCACCCCGCCAGCAGGCCCUGGUGUUGGCAAAGGAUACCAGACGCCAUAUCAGCCAACUCCAAGUCCAAAUCCAAGCCCCAUUUCACCUGUCAGUCCAAGCCCGAAGCCGAGCCCUGCCAAUGGCAAUGCGCAUUCGAGCCCCAAACCUCCAUCUCCAAGCUGUGGAAAGGGUAAUCAGCCACCGGCACCGCCACCAGUAGCAGCCUCACAGGGCGCGGUCUUCAACGUGGUUGACUUCGGAGCUAAGGGUGACGGAGUUUCAGAUGAUACAAAGGCUUUCCAAGCAGCAUGGGCUGCUGCGUGCAAGCAGGGGUCAUCUACAGUCCUCGUACCAUCAGAACUAGAGUUUCUUGUUGGGCCAAUAUCGUUUUCUGGUCCUUACUGCAAACCAAACAUUCUGUUCCAGCUGGAAGGAACGAUCUUAGCCCCAACAAAUGCUAAAGCCUGGGGUUCUGGUUUGCUUCAAUGGCUCGAAUUCACCAAACUAAAUGGGCUAUCAAUUCAAGGAAGUGGCGUCAUAAAUGGUAGAGGGCAACAGUGGUGGACCUACUCGGACCCAAAUGACGACGAGGAUGAUGACACGCAGUACAAUCAGGAGCUUGAGAGGAUGCCGCAGGUUAAACCUACAGCAUUGAGGUUCUAUGGUAGUUUCAACGUUGUAGUGGCUGGUAUCACUAUUGUCAACAGCUCACAGUGCCAUCUCAAGUUUGACAAUUGUCAGGGUGUGCUGGUUCACGACUUGACAAUAUCCUCCCCUGAGAACAGUCUCAACACUGAUGGAAUACACCUGCAGAACUCCAAAGAUGUCAGCAUUCAUCAUACCAACUUGGCUUGUGGUGACGAUUGUAUCUCCAUCCAGACAGGAUGUAGCAACAUAUAUAUACACAAUGUGAAUUGUGGACCAGGGCAUGGAAUCAGCAUUGGUGGACUAGGCCGGGACAACACCAAAGCAUGUGUUUCUAAUGUUACAGUAAGAGAUGUCAAUAUGUUCAGAACAAUGACUGGUGUCAGAAUCAAGACCUGGCAGGGUGGUAUAGGGCUAGUUCAAGACGUAAGAUUCUCAAACAUACAAGUCUCCGAAGUUCAAACACCUAUUAUGAUAGACCAGUUUUAUUGUGACAAAAGAACCUGCACAAAUCAAACAUCAGCAGUGGCAGUAUCAGGCGUUCAGUAUGAGAACAUCAGAGGGACAUUUACAAUCAAGCCUGUCCAUUUUGCAUGCAGUGACAGCUCACCUUGUUCAGGGAUCACACUUACUGGAGUACAACUUAGACCUGUGCAAAUACCCCACUACCACCUAAACAACCCAUUCUGCUGGCAAGCUUUUGGGGAACUCUACACACCAACCAUCCCUCCCGUAGCUUGUUUGCAGAUUGGAAAACCUGCUGGGAACAACUUGCAGUCAUACAAUGACAUAUGCUGAAACACAGAAAGUACCCUCACCCAUUAGUUGGUGCUUAUCCAUGAGUGGUCGUUGUGAUGCUUCCGACCCCUUUGCACCAUUUAUUGGUCAUGUGCAUAUACAGUGUUAUUUUUUAAUGUUUUGUUAUUACAGCAUGUAUGCCACCUUUCCAUGAAAGCAAACAUAGAUAUUUUCACAUGGAAUGGUCAGGCAGUAAGCUUAUGUGUAUGGUUUGAAAAAAUAUCAAAUACUCCUAAAUUUUUGACUCAAA